AUGUCCUCCCUGUUCGCUCUCUGCAUUGGCCAUCUAGCAUUCCGCAUGGAGGGUGACAAGAUCCACAUCGAGUGCACGUUCUACUUCGACAAGGGGGAGUUUGAAGUGAAGGAGCAUACCAAGCAAUGGCCAGUCUUCUGCCAGCACUUGAGCAAUGGCUACCUGAUGAAUGAGAUUGCUCUCAGCCACAAGGCAAUCUUGGCGAUGGUCAAGACACGAGCUGAGCAAGCAGGCUACAAGAGAGAUCUCUUCUCUGGCCACAGCCUUUGUGCUGGCAUGGCUACCAGCUUCAUCAUCAGUGCGCUUGAGAGGAAUGGAGCUAAGACUGGCAAAGCACUCGACAAGGCAAUCAACACCACAGCAGUGAUAGGUCAGGUCGACCAUGAGUUCAAGGUCAAUGAAGGACUGAAGAAGCAUGAGCAUGAUGAAUCAAAGAUUCCGACAACUUGGGCCAGGCUUCCAGUCACCAUCCUGCACUCAAUCUACAACUCAUCACUUGAGGAGAAGUGGCAGAACCAAGCAAGAGAAGUGGUCAUGCUCGAGACCAGGAGCAUCAAGAUAGAAAGAUCACUACGUGGUCUGGAAGCUGAACAAGUGUGCACAUGGGAUUGGGCCAACAACGACAAGACUCCCGAGGAGAGCGAAAAGGUGAAGGCGCUGAAGGUGCAGCUGGUCAAACUCACAGCACAGAAGAACAAGCUUGCUUGGACUCUAGCAACAGAGAGGUGGUGGAUGGACUGGGUCAAAGAUCACUGCGCCAAAGAAGCCUUCCAGGCAAUGGAAGACGAUGAAAAGUUGCACGAGGCACUUGCAAAGGCGUUCAAAGAGAACCAGGCACAGAUCACCAAGAAGGCGCGCAAGGAACUGAAGCUGCUCAAGCGGCAGAAUGACGACAAGAAGGUCAAGGAGCACCAGCAAGCUACGAAAGCGGCCUCUUCGGCCAGAGCAGGAGAGCAGGAUCGCUUGACGAAGGCUGUAAAAGGAAGGAAGAUCCAAGUAUCCAUCAACAUCGGGCGUCCGCUGUUUGACAAGCUCAUCGCAACGGAGCCACCCUACUAA